AUGCUGGGUGUUGGGGGGCUGGCGAGGUCCGGUUUCCUGGAGCUCCGCCUCCUGCAGCGUCCCGCUCGAGGAGUCUGUUCUGCUGUGAUCCACAGGAAGUCUCCUGCAUGUGUCAGCUGGUGUGCUGCCCCGCCCCCAGCCCGCCACAGGCUGCCUGUGAGGAUGAGCUCGGGUGUUGGCGGUGGUGAUGUGGCGCCGAACGCAGCAGCUGCGGUUCCAGGAGCGUCGGGCUGGUACGGCGGCCUGGCGGACUCGGCUCCAGUUCACCUGGUGGAGCACUUCCUGGUCGGCGUGCAGCAGGGGAGCGGGUUGCCGUGGUGGCUGAGUAUCGUAGCGGCGACGCUGUCGGUCAGGACGCUCAUCACUCUGCCGCUUGCCGCCUACCAGCUGGUCAUCAUCUCCAAGGUGGAGGCGCUGCAGGUGGAGAUCUCUGAGCUGGCGAAGAGGCUUCGAUACGAAGUUUCUGUCCGAGCAAGAGAGAGAGGCUGGACGGAAAAACAGAGCAGGUUCCAGUUCCAGAAGAACCUGCGUCGUCUGGUGGCUCAGCUCUACGUCCGAGACAACUGUCACCCCUUCAAAGCCAGUGUGCUGGUCUGGGUUCAGGUUCCUCUGUGGGUCAGUCUCUCUCUGGCGCUCCGGAACCUGAGCCUGCAGGAGUCUGCGGUGCAGUGUGACUUGGCAGCAGGGGGCGCUCUGUGGUUCCGUGACCUCUCAUCGCCGGACUCCACCUGGAUCCUGCCCCUGGGGGUGGGACUCAUCAACCUGCUUCUCGUGGAGCUUUUUUCUUUGCAGAGACAGAAUCCGACUCGUUUCCAGAAGCUGCUGCUGAACUUCAUCCGAGGGUUUUCUGUCCUGAUGGUUCCCAUCGCGGCUUCUGUCCCCUCGAGCUUGUCUCUGUACUGGUUCCUCUCCAGUCUCAUUGGAUUCAGUCACAACCUCGUCCUUCGUUCUCCUGCGAUUCACAAACUCCUCAAACGACCACUUCCUGGAUCAGAGACCCCCUACAGAGACCUGCUUUCAGCCCUCGUCAACAAAUACCGCAAAUAAAUACACACAACAGCAAAUCAUAUGGUGUGAAAAACACACAACAACAAAUCCCUGUCAUCAAGUCUCACCGUUUCUUCUAAAUCUUUGUGUUUUUGAACAAUGAACUCCGUUGACUGAACACUUUGUCUUACCUGAAGAUUUUAAUUGAAGUGAGAGAAACUCCAUCGCCUAACUUCCUGUUCUCUGGAACUGAAAAUCGUACAGGAAGUGAAUCAGAGCGAUGGAGGAUUGUGAUUCUCAACCUCAGCCCCAGAGGAACAACCAAUCAGAGGACAGCAUUCCUCCAUCGACUGAUGUCAGUGAAGUCAAAUGAUAAAAGCUGCGGUGGUUAUCCGAGUGACCUCUGACAUCAACAGAGCUGCUGCUCAUUGGAUGUUUGAUGGUGAUGAUACUGGGUGUCUUCCCUCAGGUCCUCAAUGGAAGAAGAAGAUGGAGCUUCUUCCUGGAGACAAAGACAAUCUGUGAUUCAGAGAAUCUGUUGUGUCUAUUUGUGUUAACACCGGGGAUCAGAGAGAAAUGACAUGGGAACUGUUGGUUUCUCUAUAAAGUUGAAGGUCUUGAGGUUCUAGGUAAAGAGCUUUGAGAUAAUGUAUAUUAUGGUUUGGUGCUAUACAAAUAAAAUUGAUUUGAAUUUCAA